AUGCACAUACUAUAUCCACGCAUUCUCAGGUAUCACUGUCGAGUGGCGUGGCGGAUGAAUGUGGACUUGGAAGACGGAGAAACCGCUUUGGGAGAGGGAACUAAAGGUUCUGCAAGGCCAUCGGAUGAAGACAUGCGGAAUGGUGUAGAAACACUCGCUACAGGGACCUUUGGUGCCCUUGACAUGUGUACUAAGCCUAUCCUCUACCAUCUGUGUCAAGAUAGAAACCUCAGGAGGGCAAGUACGAAGAGGACACUCAUCAAAACUCUCCUGAACUGGAAAAUCAAUCAGGCAACAGGAGAGGUGCCCUCAAAGCCAUUCAUUCCACCCCGUCCUUCAAAGAAGAUACCACGGACAGACACCGAGUCCGCUAGGCUUCUACUGGAAGGUACAGCAACAGUCAGCGAUGUGUCACUCCUUCAUUUCACAAAACCCAUCUUGGCGAGCCUCUGCGAUGCAAAGUGUGAACAUUGCAGUGGGAACAAGAGUGAUCUAGUUGCCAGGCUGUUAGACUGGUGGGGCGAGCAACAGCCACCAGGCGCAGAGCAGAAUCAAUACAAUAACAAUGUGCAUCUUGGUGCUAAGCGCGUGCAGUGGAUAUAG